UGGUUACAAUUUAUUGCUGCCUGGCAUCCCCUUUGGUUACAUCUUGUGUUAUUGUCUUACUUAAAUUAUAAACGUUUUUAUCAUAAGUAAUGUCUUUUAAAAGGGAAGGCAAUGAUAAGCAUCUUCUUAAUAUUUUAAGACAAAGGCGUAUUAAAGAUCUUCUGGCUGAUGACAUUCCACAAGAUGAGGCUACACUUCUUAGUAACGGCAGACUUGCAUGUACUGUGUGUUCCAGUCGCCCAGUCUUUGACACCGUGAAUAUGCUUACAAUUCAUCGCCAUGGAAAAAAACAUAUAGCAAGUAUGCUUCACAAAGAGAGAGAAAAGCAAGAAUUGAAGAAUCUCAUCAUAAAACGUAAACAUGAACAGUUUCUAAAAGAUGGAACAACCAAUAUUCAACAGGCUUCAGCAAAUCACAAGGGAUUUGGGUGCAGUUUGCCCUAUGAUCCUCGGGUGAAAAAACACAAACUAAAGCCAUACGACAGGAAACCAACAUUAAAUUUAAGUGAAACUUACUCUGCACCAACUGGGCUGGUUUCUUUUCUAGGUAUGGGAACAGUUCCUGAAGUUUCUCAUCCAGAAAAUCAGUUUAAAGAAAAAACAAUUAUUAAAAAUGGCAACCUGUCACCACAUGCAACCGAUACAGUUAGUGGGAGUACUUUACCUGGUAACAGAGACAUGAAAAAGUGUGUAACUGUACCACUUGAAAAGAAACAUGCAGCCAAGAAGAAAUCUGUUGUUCAAAGCAAGAAAAGCAAAUUGCUUGAGAUGAUAACAAUGCAGCAAGAAGGACCUGUUAAACAUUCUAGUCAGUUGAGUAAAAUAUUUAAAACACCUGAAGAUGACAAAUCUACCAGUAUACAUGUAGUUGAUCGGCCUUACAGAAGCAAAAAGGAUAGACAAUUGGUUUUUCAUGCAGAUUCCAAAACAGAAACAAUAGCAUUUAAUAAGGAACAUUCUCUGAUUAAAAUUAGUUUGAAAAAAUCCAUUGUAAACAAGAAUUCAUUUGUUCCAAGUGGAAAUGUGAAGAAAUUUCAGGUUAAGACAGACAGUUGUGAUGAUAAAUUACGGACAAUACCAUCAUGCCAACAGUCAGGAGAGUCACAGUGUCAAAAAACACAUCUUGAAGAAUCUAGUGCAAGUAAAAAGGAAGAGAAAACGGAUCAUGGAAAGCGUUGGCAGUUGGGAGGAUCAGGAUGGAAGCGAGAUUGGGAUGGGAAAUGGAUCAAGGAAGAAGAAGCAGAAUUUGACUCUGAUGAGGAACCACCAGAGUUAUUGUGACAGCACUAGUUGUGAUGAUCAUCAGCAUUAUUUUGACACAAUUAUGAUGACAGAAUCAUUAGUUAUUAUGAAGGAUAAGAUAAUUGGGUCAUCAGACUCAAAUGAAUAUAGGGUUCGAACUUAAGAAUUUGUCUCCCACAGCAACUGGGGUUUUUAAAUUGCCAUGGGUGAAAUGACCCACCGAGAGCAAUUUUUAAAUUAGUAACUUUCGCAACAAAUAAACAUGACUGAAAAGUUAUUUUCAUGAAGACAAAUUUCAAAUGUACAAAUGUUAUGCACUGGCAGAUAAUGUACAUUUUGCCAUCAUUGAGCUUUACCGAUGGCACUUUUAUGUUGUUGGUGAUGCUCCCGAUUUACGGCAAUUUAUAUCCCAGCAAUGGCAGUUGCUGUCGUUGCCAUCAUUACAUUCGAGCCCUGUGAAUAUCCAAUCUUUUAUUGCAGAUAGAAAUACCAAUUAUCAGUUGAAACAAUUUUGUAACAGAACACAACACUGUGACAGUAAUUUAUUAAUAUGGCACUUUUGCCAGUUUUAAUAUUUUUACAUCAAUUGUGUACAACUGAAAAUUCUUUCUCUCAAAGAAACAUAAAAUAAAAGUUGAUGCGUGGUA